UGCUUCUUAAUACGUCGCCACAAUUAAAACCAGGAAUACGCGACAUAUACAUAAGUGAAAAUUAAGUGUUAAACAUGACAGAAGAAAAUUUUUUACAGAGUGACCAAAGUGUCGAAUAUUACCUAGUGACGAUAUUCGAGAAAAUAGAAAAUAUAAGAUGCGAGUCUAGUAACGUGGUAGAUAACAGUAAAUCGCAAAUGCGGGUGGAAAUACGCACCUUGGAAUUUUGGAGAUCCGUAAUUUCGGAAUGUUUCGCAUCUUUUAUAUAUGUCUUUGUUGUUUGCGGUGCCGCAGCUGGAGCUGGAGUGGGUGCUCCAAUUCAUUUUGUACUUCUCGCCACUUCCUUGGCCUCCGGCUUUGUUAUUACUUCGUUAACGCAAUGCUUUGGACACAUUUCUGGUGCACACGUAAAUCCGUCAGUUUCUAUAGCGAUGGGUGUAAUCAAAAGAAUUUCGCUGUUGAGAAGUAUCCUCUUUAUUGUAGCCCAAUGUGGGGGAGGCAUCGCAGGGGCAGCAUUACUCUACAGGGUGUCCGCUUCUGGUUACCAAGGAAAUUUAUCAGCAAUUAUCAGUUAUGCUGGUAAUACUGGCCCUUGGGAAAGACUUGGAAUUGAAUUUGUAAUGACCUUUAUCGUUGUGUUUUCAUAUUUGGUUUCUAUGGACACGUAUCGUAAGUGGAUUGGAACCUCUUCGAUAGCAAUCGGUUCAACCUAUUCAGCAUGUUCAUUUGUUUCAAUGCCAUUUCUAAAUCCGGCAAGAUCCUUGGGUCCUUCCUUCAUUUUGAAUAAGUGGGACAACCAUUGGGUGUACUGGUUAGGACCUCUACUAGGCGGUAUAGCAUCUGGUUUAACCUACGAAUAUAUUUUCAAUCCCAAACAUCAAAGGACGAAUAAAGACCUGCAAAAUGAUGAAUCGUCUAGUAUCCAUUCAGACGAAAUAGACAACUAUGACGAUAUAGACAAACCGACCCCUCCAAAAUUUCACGGAUCUACUUACAAUAAUUACAGGCCUAAUGUCACAGGUGCCACUCAAAAUUGCUGUGGUAGCCUGUACUCCGUUCCCCCAGCAAAAUUGGAAAGAGGUGAAUCGAUAUACGGAGGUACUAAAUCUUUGUAUUGUAAUUCACCUCCAUUGACAAGAGCUAAUUUGAACAGAUCUCAGUCAGUUUAUGCUAAAUCUAACACAGGUAUCAGCAAGGAUAUUAUACCAAAACCUGGACCGUUGGUGCCAACACAAUCCAUGUAUCCACUAAGGCUCCACCAACAUAGUAUUGUCCAAAACCAAAACCUGCAAAACCAGCUUCAACAGAGAUCUGAGAGUGUAUACGGUGUAAGAGGUGUGACACCCGGAACUUCCACUAAUAGGUCCGAGAACCACAGUACCAUAGAUCGCCAAAGAGACACUUAUUCAAUAACAGAAAGCCAAAGAUCUACUUAUUCUACAACAGAUAGGAAAAGGAGAGAUAAUUAUGCCACAAGCGAAAGCACUUACGGCACAGCAAGUAAUGCUAACUCUGAAAUUGCUUCAAAAUUUGAGGAAAACUCUAAGCCCACGCGAAGUAACAGACCUGAGUCUAUGUAUGGAAUGGUUGGUUCACAAACUCGUAGAGUAACCCCUCAAUCUGAUGAUUCUAGUUACAGUUCUUAUACAGCCAACAGCAACUCGAGAAACACUACUAGCUCAACUGGGACUAGUGUAUACCAUAAUACUCAAAAUACAGGGAAUUACCCACCAAAAUCAAGUUCCAAUUACACAGGACCGCCUGGUUUAAGAAGUAUUAACAGUUCUGAAACGAGAUCUAAUCAGCCCUCUUCCCAAUUAUUAUCUAAUGCAGCGAAUUCUAAUACUUACCACCAUCAACAUUCACCAAUUCCUCAAUAUUAAAUACUUGUUAACUAUUUUUUAAGAUUUUUGUACAUUGUUAGAUAGAAUUGUAUAAAUUAGUCUAAGUGAACAUUUAAAAGGAAGAAACUGCUAUGUUUGAUACUA